AAAAAAAAAUUAUAUCCCUUCAAAAAGAAACUGUAUAUAUAUGAAGUAUGAUUGUUGGUGCUCUUUAGUCUUGCCCCUAUUCUCUGCCUUAUUUCCUCUCAUACAAAAUCAAUCUCUCUCUCUCUCUCUCUCUCUCUCUCUCUCUCAUAUUCUCAUUGAGAGCUCAAAACCGGGUACAAAUCAAUAUAUUGUGGGUCUGAGUUGAUAGAAGUUUUGAGUAGUUAUGGGGAGACAACCUUGUUGUGACAAAAUAGGAUUGAAGAAGGGGCCAUGGACAGCUGAAGAGGACAAGAAGCUAAUCAACUUCAUCCUCACCAAUGGCCAAUGUUGCUGGAGAUCUCUCCCUAAACUUGCAGGAUUGUUAAGGUGUGGAAAGAGUUGUCGAUUGAGAUGGACGAACUAUCUCAGGCCUGAUGUGAAGAGGGGUCUCUUGUCAGAUUAUGAAGAAAAUAUGGUCAUUGAUCUCCAUGCUCAACUUGGCAACAGAUGGUCCAAGAUUGCUUCACAUCUCCCGGGAAGAACCGAUAACGAGAUCAAGAACCACUGGAAUACCCACAUCAAGAAAAAGCUAAAAACGAUGGGAAUCGAUCCUCUUACCCACAAACCACUCCCCACUCCAACCGAAAAUCAACCUCAAGAUGAACAAAAGUUGGAAACAGAAACGUUGGUUCAGCCACUGACCAAUGAGGCCAAAAUGGAGAACAAAAGCAUGGAAGCAGGCUCGCCUGAGUGCCCCAUGGAGUUGGUCAACAAUGGGUUUUGCACAGAUGAAGUCCCAUUAAUCGAGCCCCAUGAGAUUAAUCUGGUGCCUGAUUACUGUGUUCCUUCAUCAUCAAUAUCUACAACAAUAACCAGUUCUUCUUCGUCUACUUCCUCUGUUUCCAAUGGUGGAAUUUCAACCAAUUUACUUCAAGAUUUGGAGUUACCAAAUUUUGACUGGCAAUUUGAUUUUGGUUUCUGGGAUGGUGAUGGUGAUUUCAGCAGCAGCUUGGAUUUGUUGAUGAAUGGUGAUGGGAAUGGGAAUGCAAUUACUAUUGGCACUCCCCUUGCUCAAGAAUCUUGGAAAGUACUUGAGCUGUUGUGAUUUGGAGAAAUUUCUUAUCUGCAGGGGCUUCUUUGUAAUUUGGUUUUGGUUUAUAUACAAAGCUAAUAAAAUUCAAGACGGUGGGCAAAAAGGCCCACCGUUGUAAUUUCUUUUCUUUUUGUGUGUACAUAUUUAUCUCUGCGUGAAACAAUCUUUUAGUUGAUACAUGAAAAAAAUGUGUUCAAAUGGAUCA